AGGAGCUGGUCAUUUUUAGUGCCAUCUCAAAUCAGAUACCCAUUCCAGAUGAACUGUAUGAUGCACUUUAUCAAGUACACCAGAUAGCCAUAAGAAAUACUAACAUGGAUCCACACAUCAUGGUUUCCCAAGAGAGAGGAAAAAAUGGCCGUCCACGGAUUUUGAUUUCUGAAGACUCUGUAUCCCAACUGCUUACAUUAGGAUUGCCUGUGACAUGUAUUGCAAGGUUGCUAGGGGUGUCCAAGUUUACAAUUCAUAGACGCAUGGUGGAAUGGGGAUUAUCUGUGAAGGCAACCUACAGCAACAUUGCAGAUGCAGAGCUAGACUCACUUGUGGCAACAAUCCACACAAGCAAUCCGAAUGCAGGUUACAGAAUGAUGAUGGGUCUGCUGAGAGCACAAGGUCAUCGGGUACAGUGGGAUAGAGUUCGUUCUUCAAUGCAUCGAGUUGACACUGCAAGCAUUGUUUCCAGGAUGUCACAAUUAGGAUGUGUGGUUAGGAGGACAUAUUCUGUGCCCAGCCCAAAGUCCCUGAUGCACAUUGACACAAACCACAAGUUGAUACGGUAUAACAUUGUGAUAUUUGGAGGGAUCGAUGGCUUCUCCAGGAAGAUAAUGUACCUUGGUGUGUCAAAUAACAAUCUGGCUUCCACAACACUGUCUUUUUUCCAUGAGGCAGUUCAGAAGUUUGGAUUUCCACUGAGGGUUCGGGGGGAUCAUGGAGGGGAGAAUGUAGAUGUGGCCUGCCUUAUGUUCUCUGUCCGAGGAACGGGGAGAAGUAGCUUCAUUGCUGAAUUGAGCGAUUGUGGCGGGAUGUGUUCACUGCGGUUACCUCCCACUUCCCAUGUUCUGCACCAGCUGGAAGAGGAUGGGCAUCUUGAUCUGUCCAGCAGUCUUCACAUCUUCUGCUGUCACUAUGCCUUUAUCCCACGGCUCCAAGUCCAUCUCAAUAUAUUUAGAGAUGGAUGGGACAACCAUCCCCUUUCAUCAGAGGGCAACCUCUCUCCACAUCAGCUGUGGCAACUGGGGCAGCAGUACCAUUCAGAAGAGUGUGAUGAGAAUCUACAGAUUCCACAAAUUGACUGGGAAAGCAGCGGCCUUAUCCCCAGUGACACAAAUUCUGGCAUCCAGGUUCCUGAAAUUGAAUGUCCACUGAGUUCUGAGGAACUUAAUGAACUAAAGGCUGCUGUGGACCCAAUGCAACCAUCAGGAAAUUUUGGGGCAGAUGUUUACAUUGCUACACUGCAGUACAUGCAUAGUAUUGGCUAUAUGUAAGACAGUUGAAAUAUCUUUGAGAUAACCCUCCCCCCCCAA